AACCGUCCGGUCCAAGCUCUGUUUUGCUUUCUUUCUUGUUCAGGCGCCAAACUCACCACCACACUUAGGGCUUCAAAAGCUUCCUCCUCCGCCGCCGCUACGACGUCAUUUCUCUCUCCUUUCAAGGUUCGUGCUUUACACCGAACUUGUUUGCAAAAAACUAACUUUAGUCGUUCUUAUUCCACUUCACAAGUCUGGUUCCAGAGAAAAAUUUCCUACUCUUUUCUUGUAAAACGUCUGCCUCAGCUUGUUUUAGCUAUUUUUUGAUUCAAUGUCUUUACUUGAAGUGAUCACAAAGGCUUCGGCGAAUCCCAAUCCAACCACCGUCGAAUCAUCCUACCCAAUCAUUCUCAACCCAGACCCAAUUUUCCUAAACCUAAAGCCCCUACUCGAUUCCUCAAACGACCCCUCACUUCCAAAACGUGUCGAAGGAUUUCAAAUUUCUCAAACCGACACCGAACUCAUUGAAUUAUCCCAGAAAUUCUUCAAAAAGCUAAAGCGAAAGCUCAAAAGCCUCAACACCUUCACUAAAGCCGAGUUCAUCGAGAUAUUCAAUUCAUAUUUAGUUAAAAAUAGUGAAAAGAUUGGUAUUUCAGUUGGGGUUGAUCCGUCUGACGAGGGCUACACUCUUCAAUUAAUCGAAAAGGUAGGGUUUUUGAUGGGUCGCGAUGUUUUAGGCUUAAUUAUGGAGGCUUGUAUUGUCUUUGAGAUUUGGGAGGUGCUAGAAAUUGUUAUUGUUAAUGGUUUUGUUGAACAUUCGUACCUUUCAAAUUUAAUUUUCAGUUUGAUUGAGAAGAAGAGGUCGGAUUUGAUAUGUUUGUGUGUGAAGUAUGUUUCGGAUCUUCAGACCAUUGAUAUACUUCACAUUUUGAAGUAUUUUCUUUCGCCACCUACAGAGGGUUAUAAGAGCAUGGUUAGUGUGUGGAAAGAAUGGGAGAGCCAAACUUUAAUGGCUAUUGAGAAAGUGAAUGAUAAGAGUCUUAGUGGGAAGAAAUUGAGCUUGGCAAAGGAGGCAUCAGUUUUGCUUAUGGUAGCACAUGAUGGGUUUUCAGUUAAUGAAUUGUGUUUGCAUUAUUUAUUUGGAUCGUCAAAUCUUGAUGAAGUGCUAUUUGCUUCUUGUAUCAGUAAGUUGAAUGGUGAUGAGAUGAUGGGUUUGAUUAGGUAUUUGGGGAAGUGGGUAAGGAAGUAUGAGAGGUUUCCCCAAGCGUGUCCUUGCCCUAAGGCGUCCUCUAUGUUGGGAUUGAAAGCUUGCAAUUGGGUACCUACUUUUGAAGACAUUGUGAAAUGUUUUGGAUUGGUUGUGGAUGAGCAUUUCUCUUCGAUGGUUCUGCAUUCCGAGUUUCAUGAGGAGUUGAGAUCUAUAGAGGGAAUUGUUAAUUCUUUAGCUGCAGAAUCAAGACUUUGCGGUACUGUGGCAAAUUUGGCUGAGAAUUUGAGAAGCAAAGUUAAAGGGUAACCAUCAUUCAGCUUUCAGCUUUGGAAGAGCACGGCACUUAAGCUGUCAAGGAGAUGGUCCUUUGGAAGUUUAAGGCUACAAUUUUGGCAGAUCUAGCGUAUAGGCAUGGUAGGAACAUUUAAUGGGCUACAUCCUUGUGUAAGUUGCUGAUUGUUCAAGCUUGCCAGAAACUUGUGAGAUUCCUACAUUUUUUCUUGUUAAAAGUUUCUUUUUGUGGAAACCCUGCAAGAUUGAUGAUGUUGGUGAAAAUAUUAGAUUUCCUAUUAAAUUCUCUCUUUUGCUUGUAUGCUCGAAUACUUGUGUCGUUUCCACCCCAUUCCAGGUCAACUUCAUGCAGAUGGUUUUACUUAUAGUGAUGGGGUUGUACCAUUGUUUUCUCAGUUGGGAGUUUUAACACGGGACAUGGCUACCUGAAAAGUGA